AUGACCUACGCAGCCAUGGCGAGGACACCGCUCGACCGGUACGAGAAGUCGGAGAAGAUCGGUGAGGGCACGUAUGGCGUCGUCUACAAGGCGAGGGACACCCUGUCGCAGCAGACGAUCGCGCUGAAGAAGAUCCGGCUGGAGCACGAGGACGAGGGCGUGCCGUCGACGGCGAUCCGCGAGAUCGCCCUCCUGAAGGAGCUGUCGCACCGCAACAUCGUGCAGCUGCGCGACAUCGUGCACUUCGAGCGGAAGCUCUUCCUCGUCUUCGAGUACGUCGACCUGGACCUGAAGCGCCUGAUGGACGCCAACACCGACACGUUCCCGCACCAGACGCAGCUCAUCAAGUUCUACCUCUACCAGAUGCUCGACGGCCUCGCCUUCUGCCACCGGAACUCCGUCCUGCACCGGGACCUCAAGCCCCAGAACCUCCUCAUCUCCCGGGAAUCCAACUUCCUCAAACUCGCCGACUUCGGCCUCGCCAGGGCGUUCGGCAUCCCCGUGCGGCCGUACACGCACGAGGUGGUCACGCUGUGGUACCGGGCGCCGGAGAUCCUGCUGGGCGCGAAGCACUACUCGACGCCCGUCGACAUGUGGAGCGUGGGGUGCAUCUUCGCGGAGAUGCUCAACGGCCGCGCGCCGUUCCAGGGGGACUCGGAGAUCGACCAGCUCUUCAAGAUCUUCAAAGAGAUGGGCACGCCGAACGAGGGGGUGUGGCCGGGGGUGUCCCAGCUGCCCGACUUCAACGCGAGCUUCCCGCAGUGGCGCGCCAAGUCGCCCGCGGAGUUCGUGCCCGGCCUCGACGCGCAGGGCGAGGACCUGCUGUGCAAGCUGCUGUGCUACGCGCCCAACAUGCGCAUCACCGCCAAGGACGCCAUGGAGCACCCGUACUUCGACGACAUCCGGCCGCACCUCCGCGCGGGCAUGACCUCGCCGGAGUUCAGCCAGCUGUUCGCGAACGCGCUGCACCCGCAGCAGCGCGCAUGA